GGGUGUCGCUGCCUGGUAUUGCUCGCGGCCACCAGCGAGGUCAAAGCGGCUCCUGUUGCUACCUUCAGUCUUAUCCCCGCAACAACAACCCUGCGAGGUUGUUGAUCAUGUGCCUAAUAUUGGAGAGCAUCUGAAUUUAAAAAAAAAUCUUCACAAUAGCAAAGCAAGACAACCAUGAAAGUUUUCUGUGGAAGAGCCAAUCCCACCACGGGAUCAUUGGAAUGGUUGGAAGAAGAUGAGAGUUAUGAUUAUCACCAGGAAAUUGCAAGGUCAUGCUAUGCAGAUAUGCUGAAUGACAAAGACAGAAAUGCCAAGUAUUUCCAGGGUAUACGUGCUGCAGUGGGAAGAGUGAAAGAAAGAGGGGAGAGAGCAAUUGUUCUGGACAUUGGGACUGGCACUGGACUCCUCUCCAUGAUGGCGGUGACAGCCGGCGCAGAUUUCUGCUAUGCCGUUGAGGUCUUCAAGCCUAUGGCCGAUGCAGCUGUGAAGAUAGUGAAGAAAAAUGGCUUUAGUGACAAGAUAAAGAUAAUCAACAAGCACUCCACGGAAGUCACAGUGGGCCCUGAUGGAGACAUGCAUUCGUGUGCAAACAUCCUGAUUACAGAGCUCUUUGAUACCGAACUGAUCGGAGAAGGGGCAUUGCCCUCCUAUGAGCACGCCCACAGGUACCUUGUGCAGGAAGGAUGCGAGGCAGUGCCUCACAGGGCAACAGUGUAUGCCCAGUUAGUGGAAUCCAAAAGAAUGUGGUCCUGGAACAAGCUAUUGCCCAUUCAUGUCCAAGCAGAAGAUGGCGAGAAGAUUAUCGUCUCCCCUCCAGAAAUGGAGAACUGUCCUGGAGCCCCUUCAGUCUAUGAUAUUCAACUGAAUCAGGUGCCUUUGCACGACUUCACAGCACUCAGUGAAGUCGUUAAAAUGUUCAGCAUAGACUUCAGUAAGCGAGUGAGCAGAGCUUCUGCCUGCUACACGGUGCAGCUGAAGACCAUCGCGUCUGGCAAAGCCCAGGUGGUCCUCUCCUGGUGGGAUGUAGACAUGGACCCCGCAGGAUCGAUAAAAUGUACAAUGGCCCCCCGUUGGGCACAGGCUGCUUCUGAAGAUAUCCCGUGGAGAGAUCAUUGGAUGCAGUGUGUAUAUUUCCUUCCAACGGAACAGCCUGUUCGCCAGGGCCAGUGUGUGGAGCUGACGGCCUUUCAUGACGAUUACUCGGUGUGGUACAAGCUCCAGAAAGGCAGAAAUGCAGACGUGAAGAGCGCCAUCCGUGUCGAGAGUCCCGCGUGUUGGUGUCAGGCCCACCUGUUGUGGAACCGGCCACGGUUCGGGGAACUGAACGAUUCGAGCCGAACAUCCCAGUACAUACAAGCUCUGCAGAAAGUUCUCAAGCCAAAGAGCGUUUGCCUGAGCGUCAGUGACGGCAGCCUCCUUCCCCUGCUGGCUCAUCACCUUGGGGUGGAACAGGUGUUUACUCUGGAGAGCUCGGCGCUUUCUCAUUCGCUCAUGAAGAAAAUUUGUAAGGCCAACCAUCUCGAAGAUAAAAUUAAGAUCAUAGAGAAGCAUCCCGAAUUGUUGAGCUCCUCUGAUCUUGAUGACAGAAAGGUGUCCAUUUUAAUUGGCGAGCCCUUUUUCUCCACAAGUUUACUGCCUUGGCACAACUUGUAUUUUUGGUAUGCCCGGACAGCAGUGGCAAGCCACCUUGCAGGCGAUGUGACCGUCCUGCCCCAGGCCGCUUCCCUUCACAUGAUGAUCGUGGAGUUCCAGGACUUGUGGCGAAUCCGCAGCCCAUGUGGCACCUGUGAAGGCUUCGAUGUGCACAUUAUGGAUGAAAUGAUCAAGAAUUCCUUAGACUUCAAGGAGUCGAGAGAAGCGGAACCUCAUCCCCUGUGGGAGUACCCUUGCAAGCCAACAUCAGAUCCAUUGGAAGUCUUUGCCUUUGAUUUCCAGCAACCCGUGCCAGAACAUGCUAUGAAGAAAGAAGGCAUUCUAAACCUGUCCAGAACUGGGAGGAGCCACGGGGCUGUUCUGUGGAUGGAAUAUCAUCUGACACCUGGCCUUUCUGUAAGCACAGGGCUUGUGCAGCAUUCGGAUGAAAAGGGCUAUUCCCAAUGGACUCCUCAUCGCAAGCAGGCCGUGUACUUCUUCCGCUCAGUUACUGAGCCAGAAUCUGUGCUCAAUGACCCCUCUGCAGUUGCAUAUGUUAUAACCUUCAACCCAAAGACUGGAGAAGUGAUGAUGGAUUUUAAAUUCUUAAAUUAAUGUCAUAUCCUUCCACUCAAAUUCCCCCCAACCCGGCUAGAUCUCAAUAAAUAUAUUGGCAGGUGGCUGUGCCAGGCUCCUCUUUUCUGGGGGCACAAUAGCAGUUAUUGAUCAUAUUGAUUGCAGGGUAUGGUCUGAAGGACUGUAAUGCAGCAGCCUUGAUAAAACUGAGCUGCUCUGCUUCUGAUUAGUGCCCUGAUGGGAGAUCUCUCGGGAAACCCAGCUGCACAAUUAAGGCCUAAAUAGACGCAACUGGAAGCCUGAUGUUGGCUCCAAAUAGUGGCAACAUUGGUGGGGGAGAGCAGGGGGCAUGCUCAGAGGCUGUACAGACGCAGGGCUUUCCUGUCAGUGUACAGACAAUCCAUUUAUUUAUUGCUUUUUUAAUCUGUCCAGCAACCAGUGUUUUCUGACUAGCCUGCCCAAGUUAAAAGAAUGCAAUUCUGUUCAAAUUAUUAAAAGAAAAGGGUACAGUCCAAAGCAACAAACACCACUAAUGGUGAUUAUUGGUAAAUAUUAGGUAAUCCUAAUGAUAUAAAAAGCCAUAAAAUUCUAAGUAAGUCUGCAGAUUCCUGGGAGAAAGGAGAGAGAAGAAGGCAGGCUGGCUUCCUUUGGGAGAACAUUCAAGAAAUGGAUGUCAGCACGGAGAAGGCCUUCAUUCAUGUAGUAGGAACAUGGCUUCCUUUUGUGGAGGUGGCCAGAGGUAAGAGCAGGUGCAUGAGGACACUCUGUCUCAGAGUGGUGUUUGAAAUGAUGUUUAUGUCAUGCAAAUAAGGGCUCGUGGGGCCAGACCAUCAGCCUCCCUCUUCCUUCUGGCUUCAACCAAGGCUGAGGCUGAAAGAUGCUGUAUUAGCCAAAGGGCUACCUGUGGCUGAUUCAGGUCCUGAACCCAGGCCCAGUCAGUCCUACUGUUCACCCUGUUUACUGACCUCUGGGUAUCUCGGUUUCCCUUCUUGUUUAUCUUAAGCAAGAUGAACUCCCUGCGUGCAAAACUGGGCCUCCAUACUCUGUCUAAGGGGCUGUUUUCCAAACAUUCAGAGUUCGCAUGUUCCAGUCCCCAACUCUUGCCGUUUCAGUCAAGAGGAUCUUGAAAGCAAAAGACAGGAAUGAGCAGUACCUUAAAACAGGAGGUGCUUUGCAAAGCUGGGUGCAGCGAAGGAAAGAGUGUGCAUCCAAGACCAUAUUGGACCUUGGAAUCCAGCUGGUUGAGCUUCUGAUUCAUUUGCUGGGAUCCUGCUUCAGUGCAUUUUAGGGAAUUUGGGAGCAUAUUCUAGUGCAGCUCAUUAUCCCAGAACUCUUCUAAGGCUAGCGGUCUUUAGUAGUAGAAGAUCAGUCGAAGAUGGCAAGCAAUUUUUCAAGGACGUACUUUUAUGUAAGCUCAAAAAGUAUAUGCAAAUAAAUGAUCUGAAUAAGU